AUGCCGGCCCCAAACAACACAAACGAGGUGGGAGCCUCGAGUAAAGCGGCUGAGAACUUCACCACCCACUACUAUGAAGCCGUCAACAGACACCAAGAUCUCCUUCCCUUUUACAUCAACUCAUCGUCACGAUAUCCUGUCUCUGCUGACAUCUCCAUCAAUGGCGCCGUCCUGCCUACACCCGCCGAUUACUCGAAGCUCCUCGAAGUUCAAGGCAAGGACGUAAAGUACGAUAUCGAAUCCCUCGACGCUCAUGUCCUCAACCCGACGUUCACAAUGGGCGCGCCCGAGAACAUCUACGAUAACGCAAAGAGAGAAAGAAACGGCGAGAAAAUGAGCAUUCUCGUCACCGUCAUGGGAAGAGUGAAGUACGGAAAGGGCGAAGAGGCGCCGCAGAAGAUGUUCAACGAAACAUUCGUCCUCGUGCCCAACUGGGAGGCUAUGACAAAGCUUCCUCCCAGAGGCAUCAAGAAAUGGUUGAUCAUGUCCCAAAACUUUCGCGCCCUGUAG